AUGACGCCCACCCGUCUUGAGGAACUGGAUGUUUUCGAUGAUCACCCUUCAUUAACCGCCUCCCUCGAGGACUUCGAGGACUCCUCACGCCCUUCGCCCCUCCUCGACCUCCCCUCUCAGCACUCCGGGUUCCAGUCCGAAACCAUAAAUGAUCAUGAUCCGGAAACAGAUAUAGACUCUAGUGCUGGUGACCCAUGGUCUCCACCAGGAUACCAACAACGGAGGUAUAUCUUGCAACAGCAACACUUUCCCCCAACAACGGGCAGUGCUUGGUACCGGCAUCAACCAUAUCUGCGCGACAAGCCAUAUUUUGGACCGCCAUAUGAUUUCAGCCCAUUGCGGUCGAGAGAAGUUAGCCCGCAAUAUGAGGAUGCCCUGGAGAAACCCAUCGGCUCUGGAGGAGAUGACCCCGCCGACCUCACGAUACCCGCAAAUAUACCAUUGCCCAUGGGUGCUGAUUCACCGCAGAAGGGCAGGUCGCCUAGUCCCGCACCAUCAAUAAAGCUCGAAGAAAAAACCGGGGUGGAGGAAGAAACCAAUACCAAUAAUACAAAGGACACACUUGAACUGUUGCCGGAGGAGCUUGCGCCGGAUUAUUUUACAAAUUGUAAUAUCCGUUUCGCGGUGCGCGCGGAAGUUCAACAUCGGGAACCUUUUGUUGCAAUUUUCAGCUAUGUCAGCCAAAGAAUUAACUCUAUGACUAAAAGCCGCACAAACACCGUGUUAUCAUUUCUCAUAGGCAUUAUAUCCUUCUUGAUCAUUCGUGCAUUUUUGCUUCCCCCUAUCCCCCUCCCUGUUCCCGAUCUCGUCAAACUUUCCGGCCUCGCACGAUCUUUCGAGCCACUAAUAUACUACUCCGAAAAUGGGGUACAGCAAAUCGGCGCUUUGCAAGAAACUGGAGUCGCUGUCUGGGAUUUGGGUGAAUCUGUGCGUGCCACAAAUAUGACAAGCGCCCCGAUCAUCGUACGCCAGCUCGACGAGCUCUCCGAAUCUCUCAAGACCCUCUCUCUAGAACUCACCCGCUUUUUCGCCAAUAUCGACGCUGACAUCGACUCCAUACUAAUCGUCAUGGACUGGGCGAAGCGUGAGCUGGGGGCCCUCUCAUCACAGCCCGCCAACUCCCUCCCUUCCAUCUUCUUUGACAACUUUCACUCCAUCCUCUGGCGCCUCGGCGCUCUUGAAACUGCCACAACAACAUUACCAGACGGCAGUAAAUCUCCCCUUCCUUCCCCUAGCCGCCUAGGCUCUCUCAUUACUACUAUGUUCGGUACUACACGUUCUCAACGCACCCACCGCACCCUCACCCAUACCUUCACCGAAUUCCUCGCCGUUCUUGAGGAGUCGAUAAACAGCGAACUGACUCAUUCUGCUGCCCUUUUCGCUCUCUUCGAGUCCAUAGACCGCCAGUUCUUGAACCUGCAGCGCACAGUUGUACGCGAGUCAGAUGCGCAGGAACGUGCAGAGGGAGAGAUGCUCUCAUCACUGUGGACGCGCGUGCUUGGCCCCAACGCUGCCGCGCUGCGAAAAUAUGAAAAGAACCGUCAGUUACUGUCAUCUGUGCGGCAGCGGACGGUUGCCAAUAAACAUCUUCUAAUGGACCAUCGCGGGAAGCUGUUGACCCUCAAGGUGAACCUGGAGACAUUGAGGAGGAAGUUGGUUAGUCAGCUGGUCAGGAGAAAUGGUUCGGCUAGUUUUGAGCUAUUAGGGGCUAGUAGUCGAUGUAGUAGUGGGGGUGAUUGGGAGUGCGUGGGGAGAGGGAUUGGGAGUGGUGCGCAGGGUUCGGUGGAGUUAUUGGUUGAAGGCCAGAUCAAAGGUCUUGAAGGUGCUUAUGAGUAUUUAAAAGGGGUGAGGGAGAGACAGAAGGCGAAGUUAAUGGAAAUGGUCUAUGGGGCGGGAAGUCGGAAGGCCGUCACUGGAUCUGGGCUUGGAUUGUUGGAUGGGCUUUCCGGGGGGGCCCCGUUGGGAUCUGACGCUGGAGCUGGAGCAGGACCUGGCGGCGGAGGAACAUGA